CGCGGGACCUCGAGUUGGGGUGCGGGGUUCCGCACGGACUGUUUUUGUUGUUGCGCUUCCGGAGUAAAAGGUUAACACUGUUCCCGCCGUUAUGCGAGUAGUGUUUUGAUAUCGCUGUUUGAGAUUUGACCAUCCACUCCUUAAAACAUCCCAAUGCAUAGGAAAAAAAUAUUGAAGGCCUUUAAAUGACACAUUUCGUAAAACAAGAAAUGACUUUGUGGCCAUUAGGAUAGUCUUACACACAGAAUGAAACGAAGAAAACAGUUGGGAAAAUAUUAGCAAAUUUGAUUUGAUGGGGCCCCAACAUGUAGCCGCCCACUUCACAGGUAAAAAAAAAAUAAAAUCGAUAUAUAUCUUUGAGCUUUAAAAAUAAAAAAAGAAAUCCUCCGCUGAUAUCACACGUUUUGACGUGGAGAAGAAAAAAAAACUGUUGUGAUUUCAACUCAAUGUCCAUCGCCUUUGAUGGCAAUAUUGUCGCUGCCAAGAUGGCCGCCACGUAGACCUGUCCAGACACUGGCCCGGCAUUUGAAGUGCACACCGGCACACAAACUUUGGACCGCGUGGACUCGGUCGACGACGUCACUCGUUUCGUCCAGCUGUAUUUCUGUCGGUGUCGUCUGCCUCCGUGCUCUGAUAUGAGGAUCGUGGCGUCAUCAUCGGCGACAAUGAAAGCGGCGCUCAAGUCACAUUGGGCCUGUCACAGCCUUGACGUGCGUUCCGCCGGUUGCGAUGCCGUUUUCGGGCCGCCUCUCUCGGUUUCGAUGUGCCCUUUCCCGGUGAGAAGCGUCCCGCGACAAGGAGAUGAGGAUGAGUCAGAGGGCCUUUUCAAUCAAGGCACGGGUUGACGCUGCAGGAGGCAAAAGCAACACGCAGUCGGGCUCUCUCCCGAGACUAAAUCCACAGCCCCGGACCGUGGUCUUCCAAACAAAAACACAGACGCACAAAACCACCCCGGACAAGAAAUUUAAUCCGUAUAAAAAAACUGAAGAAAUUAGGCUAAAGUUGCCGCCAAUCAAUACCGUUUCGAAGACCAGGAUCCAUUCGUCAUACUCAAAUAGCAUCAACGAGCUGAAAAACCAGAACUACGACUUGAAGCUGCAGCUGGUGGAGGUCAAGACCGAGACUAAGCUGUUGAAGAAAGUUCAGCAACGCCACACGGUGGCUCUGCAGCAAUUCCAUGACUCUGAGGAGGGCGUUUCUGAGGUCCUAAAUCAGAAUGACGGCGAGGUCAGAGACUUGCAAAAGUUACUCUGUGGGACGCGGACAUGCCGUAACAACCUGGCCUGGAAGCUGCAGGUCACCGAGAAAGAGCUGACCAAUGUUAAAGACAGGAUCCAUCAGCUCCAGCAGCGGGUCAUUAAGGAACAGGCCUUGCCGGCAAAGGACGAGCUAUCUCGCAAGCUAAAUGAGGUCUCCAUCGAGUUGCAGGAGAAGGACAAGCGAAUAAAUGAUUUGGAGAAAUGUAACAAAUUACUGCGAGGUUCUCUCAAUCGCCAAGCAGCAACAGAGCACAAAAAGAUCAACAUGGCCAGAAAGACAUCCUUCUGUCUACAAACACAAGUUUAUGAGUUAUCCAAAGAAACUCGGGACAUCAAAAGAGAGCUGGAGAUACACAAUAUUUAUGCAUUCAGACUCCAGAACCAACCCAAAAAGAAAGGCAAACUAAACAAGAUGGUCCAGACCGAGGUGGUCGUCUCCACGCCUCGCAGUGAGGUCGACAGUCGGACUAAGUCGGAAUUAUCGGAGGAUGAAAAGCAAAUUUUCGCCAAGCCCGUCUGUAAUACGGCCAACGCUGAGAGACGUGUUUACCAGGAGAGUGUACCUCAGGAGUCCUAUACCAUUGAAGGUCCAAGGAGUGACCUCGAGGAUGCGGGAACUCCAGCUCCAGCGGUUGAGACGAUCCCCACUCAGCCGCCCGAGGUGAAGUCGACGAUUGAGAAAGAAGCGACAGAAGAGAGGAAGCCGGACGUGGUACCGGAGCAGCCAGCGAAACAGGAGGAGGCCGCGGUCGUUUGGUUCCCAACGCCACCUGAACCCAAAGCGUUUGGACGCUCGAAACUCCAAAGACGUAAAUACAUUUUCUCGCCAGUGGUGGAGAACUUGCAUCAGGGGAAACCAGCCUACCCCGGGCUGACCCUAAAUGAAUACAGAUUAUUACAAAGACAGAGAAAAGGUAUGACUUUGAGUCGACCAAAUUCAAAUUCACCAGCUUGGAAAUCCGAUUACAUAGAAGGUACCUCCCCGCGUACGAUCCAGACACCCCAACCUGAAGCGGUCCCCUCUGUUCCACCGCCGGUCUCUGAUUUGGAGUCGAACCCCGAUGUCUCAAAAACAUGAGCUCUGUUUAUUCAACGCUGUUGAGUACUUGACGUCAUAUUGCCCUGCCACCAUUUUGCACCAGCUGGUUUUAACAGCAUUUUGAAGGAUCAGGAUUUUAUUUAUUUAUUUAUUUUUUUACUCACUUGGAAUUAAAACCAGAUCUAAGCAUAAGAAAUGCACACUCCCAACGCCAAAUCAGAUGAAAAUAACACCUGCACACAAAGAAGUCUCAGGAGGUGUCAAUAAAAGCUAAGAUUUAGCUUGCCAAACAUUGGACAAUUUCUGGCGUGGUUAUCACUUUACCGCUGAAAAUGAAUCGUAAAGUAUUUUCAGGUAUUUAAAGAACCUGAGAGGUGUCAAUGUAUAGUCACUACAAAUCACUGAUUAUGAUUAAAAAUAAGAAUCAGUUCAUUUUUUUGAUAGAAUACCUUCUACCUCCAUCCUCGUGUGUUAUGUGAUAUUCACCAUUUGUAAAACUUUGAUUUAGGAAAAGGAUCUGAACGCUUGAAGCUCAUUUAAACAUUGCACGGGUGUGGAUUGUAUGUUUUUGACAAUCUUCCCUUUUACCUGAGCUACCUCAGCCAUUUUGAGUCCUGCAUUUAAAAAAAAAAAUAAAUCGAUAGGACUCAUUAGGCAAAGAACAAGUUCUAUUUGGUUUAAAUUAGUGACGGGUAAGGCACUGAUUUGACCAUUGACCUUAUCUACCUCAGCCCUCUUUGUGGGAUCUUCAAUAUUUGUGUAUUUCUUUGUCAAAGAGUACUGAAAGUUUUGACACUUGGUUGAGAAUGGCAACCUCUUGAAAUCCCCUCAUUGGACAUGGACUGUUGCCGAAUCCCUUCCUUGCGGGUUGGGGAUUUACAGAUGCAGGUUCAAGACCGAAGGAUCAAAAAAUUCAGAAGAGCGGAGAACUUGCAAUGGAUCAAUGGAAGCACUGUGUGCUUGGCACUGCCCAGGACCCUUUGAGCAAGGAACCAGCCCCCCCCCCCAACUGUUUAGGGUAUGACUGUUUAUGCAGCUCUUUUACUCUUAAAUGACUCCCUUUGUACAUGUAUGUGUAUUCUGCUAUUUGUAUAUGCAGUCAAUUACAGUACAUGAUGAAAAUUUA